UUAGUGUGAGGUUGGCACGAACUGUAUAAUACUUAAAAUAACGUGCAGAUAGACGAAAUUAUAGGCGGAUUAUUGAGACAAAUAAAUAAAUUAUAUGUAAAAAGCUAUUGCUUACAUUGAAAUAAUUAAAUUCUAAGGAAUCCUCGUGUUCUAAAUCCGUAAGCACUCAUCUCAGCAUGGCUCAUUCAUCUGGAUCAAAAGGAAAUUUAAAAAGUGGUUUAAUAGACUUCACAGCUGGGUCAUUAGGUGGGAUAGCAGUUGUGUAUGUUGGACAGCCUCUGGAUACAGUGAAAGUAAAAAUGCAAACAUUUCCUCAUCUUUACAAAGGAAUGUUUCAUUGCCUAAAACAAACUCUCCGUAAUGAUGGUAUAAUAAGAGGGCUGUAUGCAGGAACAACACCCGCAAUAAUGGCAAAUGUUGCUGAGAAUUCUGUAUUAUUUGCAGCAUAUGGUUAUUGUCAAAAAUUUGUGUGUAAUGUGAUGGGAAUGGAGAGUGUCGAUGAACUGUCAAUGGUGGGCAAUGCAUCAGCGGGUUUCCUGGCAGCUUUUUUCUCUUCUUUUACACUGUGCCCAACAGAGUUAAUCAAGUGUCAACUGCAGGCAAUGAGAGAAGUUAACAUCCAAGGCUCACAAACAGCUGUAAAGAUAACUCCACUACAGUUGACUCAACAAAUAUUCAAACAAUAUGGAAUACAAGGUUUAUUUCGAGGUCUUGUACCAACAAUCAUGAGGGAAAUGCCAGGCUACUUCUUCUUUUUUGGUGGAUAUGAAGGCACAAGAGAAUUAUUAGCAAAACCCGGUCAAUCAAAGGAUGAAAUAGGUUUUGUAAAGACUAUGAUAUCCGGUGCAGUUGGAGGAUUAGUUUUGUGGACAAUUAUUUUCCCAUCUGAUGUUAUUAAAUCAAGAAUACAAAUAUCAAAUAAAAGUCAGAAAUUCCUUACUGUUGGUUUGGAUAUUGUUCAAAAAGAAGGAGUGCUGGCACUUUACAAUGGUCUCAAGCCAACUUUAGUAAGAACGAUACCAGCAACAGCUGUUCUAUUCGUUGUAUAUGAAUAUUCAAAGAAAUUUAUGUACCAGUCCUUUGGGGAUUAAGUUAAGGCUAAGAGAUGUUUAGAGGAGGCCUUUAGCCCAGCAGUGGGACAUUCACAGGCUGUUACGGUUUACAGUUAUGGUUUAAGAGAUGUUUAAUAUUUACUUUAAAAUAUAAUAAUAAAACAAUUAUUUCAUUAA